AUGGAUCUUGCAGUUGGUAUUGCUGCUAUGAAUUUGAUAAAUUUGUCGAACGUAACGUUAACUCGUAGCAGUCUCAAAUCAAGAGUAAAUGCAGAACUGGAGAAUGUUCAGCUGUUGACAGUGAUCAGUUGGUCCUCUAAAUGGCUGGUUCAUGGAUGGAGGAGAACUUCAAAGCCUCUAGCUCUCUAUGAUUCAGCCAUCAGAGAGUUCUGGAAGUUGUGCUUUCAUAUUAUGAAAGAAAAAGUGGAGGUAUUAGGCAUUGAGGGACAGAACUUGAACAUGACAAAAUACGCUCUUGAGGCAAUGAAGCUAGAGGAUCAGCAAAUGAAAAAACAUGAGAGAAUGCAAAUGCUGCUAGUAGUGCAGCCACUGGACGUUUCUGGACAAGAAAGAGCGACCAGGGUGAUGUUUCCAGCUGAUCAUGAGCAGGCUGACAUGUCAUUGGUCGAUCGACCUGGUAAAAAAUGGUUGACUAAACUUGCUUUGAGAAUGUUUCAGCCAUAUACUUACAUCCAGUACCUUUGGCGUGCUUUAUUACUCACAGCUUAGCUUAUGAUAAAAUGCUAAUCCCUCUAUCUGGCAUACAGAACUUUUUAAUAUAUGUCUACAUAAAUGGUUUGUAAAGAUAGUGGAUGUUGGUUAAUGUGUGGGUUAAUGGCCUUUUCCUACUAAUAUGAGUAUCAUUUUUUGAUGUUUACUUUGACAUUGUAACAUCCAUUA